AUGGCAUUUGUGAUGCUUUACCGCCUAUUCUUUUUCUUGCUGCUUCUUAAACUUGUAGCAGGACAAGAUAAAGAAAGCAUCAUUUUAGGAUCACAUCUUCUAGCUUCUGAUGAGCCUUCUUCUUGGAAAUCCUCGUUUGGUGAUUUUGCGUUUGGAUUUCGUUACCUUGAAGAUCAAGAACUCUUCUUGCUAGCCAUCUGGUUCAACAAAAUUCCUGAUCGAACUAUUGUUUGGUAUGCAAAUGGAGAUAAUCCUGUGCCAAAAGGAUCAAAAGUUGAGCUCACCGCUGAUGGUCAGUUAUCACUGACUGAUCCCCGCCAGCAGGUGAUCUGGGAAACACGUCCAGGCUCAACUGGAGUAGCUUAUGCUGCCAUGCUUGACACCGGCAACUUUGUACUUGCAUUUAAUGAAUCUGAUUAUGCCUGGGAGAGCUUCAAGAAUCCAACAGACACCAUGUUGCCAACUCAAGCACUGGAUAUCGGGGAAAAGCUGUCCUCUGGUCAAAUGGCUGGCAAUUUCUUGAAGGGAAGAUUCCAACUCCGCAUGUUACCAGAAGGUAAUUUGGUCCUUAAUACAAUGUCAGUGCCAUCAGAAUAUGCAUAUGAGCCUUAUUAUGUCAGCAACACAGAGGAUAGUGGUAAUUCAUUCAAUUCUGGUUUUCGUUUGAUCAUCCAUUGCGAUAUCAAGCCACAGAACAUACUCCUGGAUGAUUCAUUAACAGCAAAGAUUUCUGAUUUUGGAUUGGCCAAGCUUCUAUUGAGUGAUCAAACCCGGACUAAUACUGCCAUCAGAGGGACCAGAGGAUACAUUGCACCUGAAUGGUUCAAGAACAUUCCAAUCACAGCCAAAGCAGAUGUUUACAGUUACGGGGUGAUAUUACUGGAGAUCAUAUGCUGCAGGAAGAAUGUUGAGCAGGGAAUGGAGGAUGAAGAUGAAUUUGUUCUUACUGAUUGGGCUUAUGACUGCUACAGGCAUAGGGAAUUGCAUAAGUUGUUGAAGAGUGAUAAGGAGGCAAGAAAUGACAGGAAAAGAGUAGAGAAGCUUGUUAUGGUGGCAAUUUGGUGUAUUCAAGAGGAUCCUUGUUUAAGGCCAACUAUGAAAAAGGUUAUACAGAUGCUUGAAGGAGUAAUCGAUGUUUCUGUGCCUCCAUGUCCUUUCCCCUUAAGUUCUGUCUGUUAA